CAUUGGAAUCUUCUCCCAAUCCCACAAUCAGCAUUAAACAGACCCAAGACAUCCUCCCUCCUAUUUAGAUCUCUCGAUGCACAACUCCCGAGUCCGCGACAAUCCUGAAUUGUCCGAAAAUGCGGCGAACUCUGUCCUGGGUGCUGGCAGUGCCUUUCUUUUGGCUCCUGGGUUUGACGGGUUCGGUGGUCGAAGUGGAGGUCAGGAGCUCGCUAAUCAGCUUCCUGGGAAACCUCUCGAACAGCGCUGCUGCUAUCGGCUGGGAACGAGAGUCCGACCCCUGCCUCGACAGCUGGAACGGCGUAGUUUGUAACGUGGGAAAUGCUUCCGUGACGAGAUUGCGCCUCGAAGGGCUCAAUCUUUCGGGGAGUCUCGAUGUGGGUUCUCUCUGCAAUGUUCCUGCGGUCGCGCAAUCUCUUACUCACCUCAUUCUCAAUGGGAACAACCUCCGUGGUGGAGUGCCCGCCGAGAUCUCGAUUUGCAGGCAACUCACUCACUUGCAAAUCGGCGGGAACAAGUUCGAGGGGAAACUUCCCGACUCGCUAGCAGCGUUGGAUAAUCUCAAAGUCCUUAAUGUUUCGCACAAUAACUUUUCUGGCACCUUGCCAAAUUUGUCCAGGAUUUCGGGGCUUCAGACUUUCCUGGCUCAGGAAAAUCAGCUGAGUGGGAAGAUUCCCGUGUUCGACUUCUACAACUUGGAUGACUUCAAUGUCUCCUUCAACAACUUCAGCGGCCAAAUCCCGGAUGUCGCCCGUUAUUUCAAUUCGAGUAGCUUUAUCGGCAACCCAUUACUUUGUGGAUAUCCGCUCCAGAAGAACUGUCCGCGAGAUAAAGGGAAAGGCAGCUCGGGCGACCAGGAACUUAUGUACUCGGGCUAUGCAAUAUUGGGUUCAAUUCUUGUCGGCAUAGUUGUCUUCAAGCUCUGCAAGAAGAAGAGGAAGACGGAUGAGGAUGAUGCGGAAAACAAGGUAUUAGCAAUCGACGGAAGCAGGAACAAAGCUACUGUUCCGUCAAGUGAGCACAGAACUAGUGCUAUUCCUAAUAGAUCCGAAGUUUCGGCUAACUCAGUUGAGAGUGGAACGGUCUCGUCAUCGCUCGUAGUCAUCACGAGCCCAACCAUGAAGGGGCUGAGGUUGGAAGAGCUGCUUCGGGCUCCGGCCGAAAUGCUCAGGAGAGGAAAGCACGGGAGCCUCUACAAGGUCAUAUGCGACAGCGGGGAGACGUACGCAGUGAAGAGGAUCAAGGACUGGGCGAUCUCGGGCGAGGACUUCAAGAAGAGGAUGCAGAGGAUAGACCAGGUGAAGCAUCCGAACGUGCUCUCGGUCGCCGCCUUCUACUCCUUCAAGCAAGAGAAGCUUCUGGUGUAUGAAUUUCAGCAAAAUGGAAGCCUGUUCAUGCUCCUUCAUGGAACCCAAAUGGGAAAAGCAUUUCAGUGGGGCAGCAGACUCAACUUUGCAGCCAGCAUCGCCGAGGGUCUCGCCGCUAUGCAUCGAGAGCUUAGCGACGUCGACAUUGCUCAUGGCAAUCUGAAAUCCUCCAACAUCUUGCUUACUAAGGACAUGGAGCCCUGCAUCAGUGAGUAUGGUCUAAUGGCGCAGUACGACCACCAGGAGAUGACUCCAUCGACAAACCCCGGGCUCAAACCUGACGACAAACCCAAUUCAAGCAUGUCGAGGGCCUUCGGUUCGGAUGUGUACAGCUUCGGCGUGAUCCUCCUCGAGCUGCUGACCAGGAAGAUGGUCCACGACAGCGGGUUCGACUUGCCCAAGUGGGUCCUCUCCGUCGUUCAGGAAGAGUGGACCGUGGAAGUGUUCGACAAGUCCCUGAUAUCGGAAGGAGCGAGCGAGGAGCAGAUGGUGUACUUGCUCCAGGUGGCCAUCAAAUGCGUGAACCGCUCGCCGGAGGCAAGGCCGAGCAUGACCCAGGUCGCUUCCAUGAUCGCCACGAUAAAAGACGAGGAAGACAGGUCUCUCUCGCCAAAGAGAUCAUAGAGAAUUCACCGUUGGGUGGCAGUAGGAAUCAGGACUAGGAUAAAGUAAUAUUUCUUGCCAAUUUGGAGUAUGACUCUGGCUUUUUGUU